CCCUCACCGCCGCUCGCGUUGGGCUUUCAAUUCUGGUCUUCUUGACCUGCGCGCUGUUUACUUGUCAGCGUCCUCAAGCAGCCGGCCCUAGGUUCUGUGCAGGUGUCCCAGGUGUCCCGUGAGGGAGCGCGAGAAUGGCCCGUGGCUGCUGCGCCUGACUCUGGCGCCAGAGCCGUGAACCACGGCCGCUUCGCCCUGCGCCUGCGCGGGAGGCCCCCGCCACGUGUCCCCGCGCGCUGUCUGGGGCUGAGCAGCUCCUCUCGCUUCGGAUUGUCCGUAGCAGAAAAGGGCCUUGAGGGGACGGAAGGCUCGGCGACCUGGAAAAGGCAGGUUCACGCUGCUGCGGGAACGAACGGGCAAACAAGUCUGAGGGCGCGAACCGCCUUUACGCCCCUAGUUGGCCGCCUCCCAAACUGUUCACGCGGAAAUAGAGGUCCCCUCGGCCGUCGUAGAGGGUGAAUAACCAGAAACGCGAUCCCUGCGCGCGCUCCAGCCAAGGGCCGUUGCCGACGGUCGAGCCGCGGGUCUGAGCGCGCAGCUGCGUUCUGUGGCCCCGACGGCCCCGCAGGCGAGAGCGGCCCAGGCUCCCGCGGGGAGACGGACGCCCCGGCCUGUGCAGGCUCCCCUGAGAGUUAGGAUUGUGGCGCUGCCUUCCAUGUUGUUAGGUCCCCGAGAAGCUAUAGGUGAACUCACUCUUCCUUGAGAAACCAAAUUCUUAGGACCAGGAAGUCAAGGCUGCGUUCCUUCCAGUUAGCUUCUGGGGUUGGAAAUACCAAGUAAGGAAUCAGCAUAUAUGAUGCUGGAAACGUUUACAGACGAGCUGCUCCUGACUGAAAGGCCUACGACAGAUGUGUCUCUCAAGUUCUUACCAAGAAAACAACUAUGAAGAACACGAUGGGUCAAGAAGACCAGUGGAAAACUCCCUAGGAGAGAGCCAUAGAAAAUGUUCACUUCAGAAGAGAGAUAUAAUCAGAGAACUCAGAAGAGGAAAAUCUAUCAUGGAUGCCCUCAGAAGGGUAGAAAGAUUUUUAUUCAUGUGCAUGAGAUUACUCAAAUAGAUGAUCAGAUAUACCAGUGCCUUGCAUGUGAGCAAAACUUCUGUGAGAACUUAGCUCUUAUUAUGUGUGAGAGAUCCCACACUGGGGAGAAACCUUAUAGAUGUGAUAUGUGUGAGAAAACCUUCGUCCAAAGCUCAGAUCUUACUUCACACCAGAGGAUCCACAAUUACGAGAAACCUUAUAAAUGUAGCAAAUGUGAGAAGAGCUUUUGGCACCACCUGGCCCUUUCGGGACACCAGAGAACACAUGCAGGUAAAAAAUUCUAUACAUGCGAUAUUUGUGGCAAGAAUUUCGGUCAGAGCUCUGAUCUGCUUGUCCACCAGCGAAGCCAUACAGGCGAGAAACCGUAUCUGUGUAGUGAGUGUGAUAAAUGCUUCAGUCGAAGCACAAACCUCAUAAGGCACCGAAGAACUCACACAGGGGAGAAACCGUUUAAGUGUCUGGAGUGUGAAAAAGCUUUUAGUGGGAAAUCAGAUCUUAUUAGCCACCAGAGAACUCAUACUGGCGAAAGGCCCUACAAAUGUAAUAAGUGUGAGAAAAGUUACCGACACCGUUCAGCCUUCAUUGUUCAUAAAAGAGUUCAUACUGGGGAGAAGCCCUAUAAGUGUGGUGCCUGUGAGAAAUGCUUUGGCCAGAAAUCCGACCUUAUCGUACACCAGAGAGUCCAUACAGGUGAGAAGCCGUAUAAAUGCUUGGAAUGUAUGAGAAGUUUUACCCGGAGUGCCAACCUAAUCAGGCAUCAGGCAACUCACACUCACACUUUUAAAUGCCUUGAAUAUGAGAAAAGUUUCAGCUGUAGCUCAGACCUCAUUGUGCAUCAAAGAAUUCACAUGGAAGAGAAACCACAUCAGUGGUCUGCGUGCGAGAGCGGCUUCCUCCUGGGCAUGGACUUUGUUGCCCAACAGAAAAUGAGAACGCAGACCGAGGAGCUGCAUUACAAAUACAGUGUGUGUGAUAAAAGCUUCCACCAGAGCUCAGCCCUUCUUCAACAUCAGACAAUCCAUCUCGGUGAGAAACCAUAUCUCUGUAAUAUGGGCGAGAAGGGUCUUGAGCUCAGUCCUCCCCAUGCAUCAGAAGCCUCACAAAUGUCUUGAACAGACCAGAAGUUAGAACACCCUAAGAAAUGUACUUAAAACAUGUCAGAGGACCCAGUAAAGAGCUCUGGGCAAAUCUCAGACUUUCCUCAGAGCUCGGACUUCCAUGGGGACCAGAGAAUACAGCUGUGGGAAGUCGAGAAAUGGUUUGCCCAGAGAGUGACCCUCACAGAACACUUAAAUCAGUCACUUCAGUGAGAAACCUGAACAGAUGCCCUGAGGCUUGGGAAAAACCUUUAGUCCAAGCUUGUAUCUGAUCACCCACAAGGGGAUUCUUACAGGUAAGAAACCUUACAGAUGCAGUGAGUGUGGGAGAGCUUUCUAGCAGUGCUCAAGCCCUCCUCAUCCCGAGAGAAUUCACACCAGAGGACUUCUUAAAUGCCCUCAGUGUCAACAGAGCUUUGGACAGUAUGCACGUCACACUGGACGUCAGAAAGCCCACAAUGGGGAGAAACCCCAGCAAGUGUGUAAAAGGCUUCUUACGACUUUCUUACUCUUCAGAGAAGCCAUACUGGUGAAAACGUGUAUAUUUGUCUUGAAUGUGGCAAAAACAUGAGUUGGAGAGCCGCCUUGGGUUUGCACCAAAGAAACCCAAUCUGAGGAAAGACCUUACAGUGUCUCUGAGUGAGAAAAACUUCUGUCAAUGAACAGCUCUCGUGGUACACCGGGGAACUCACAUUAGUGAAAAACCCCCUUGAGUCUGAAAAAAGCCUUGCUAGAAACUCCUCCCUCAUUGGGUCUCAAAGAACGUGCUCUGUGGAGAAUUCUGCGCCAGUGAGAGCUCGAGCUGUGGACUGUGUACAUAUAAUAGGUAACAGUUGACCCAUAUGGUAGAGGUGACUUUCAGUCGAGGCAGUAUGUAAAUCGUUGUUCAGAUACCCAGAAACUUGUUCUGGGAGGAGCUAGGGCAGGUCACAGUAGGCCUGAUGGGUAACUCAGGUAAAGAUGCUUUUUUAUCUGAACCACUUAAUGAUUGCUUUACUUUUCACUUUUUAAAAUUUGGAAAUCCAAUAAAGAAAAGGACUGUAACUUUGUGAUAGAAGGUGUGGCAUGUGUUCCUAUUGGGGGAAAAGGAUUAUAUUGAUUCGGCCUUUGUCGAUUUUUAAUUCUUGGCUAGAAUGGGGACUAGUGUGUUGACAGUAGCCUGGGAAUCUUUUACUGGUAGUGAAAAGAACUGAACAGCUAGGGAGUAGUUCCCCUAGAUCAGAACUCUUCCCAAAAGUUCCCCCUUUGGAGGGCCAACCUCAUAAAGAGAAUACUCAGCAUUUUACUUAGUGUGAGUUAAGGCAUUGCCCUCAAAAAUUUCCUUUUCCUCAAACAUCUUUGAGAGGAUCGCUGGCAUUUGAAAUUUCAGCUUUAGAGAUUCAUUUCUUUUAAACUCAGAAAUGCAGAUUUCAGUUUAACAGUCGUGUCCUGAUGUCGCUAGCUAGCAUCCCAUAUUUUUAUGACUUUAACUUGUCUCUUUCACUGAUAAAAUGCUCUUCAGCUCCUUGCAGAAUGAUUAAGGGAAACCAAAAGAAAGGUUUAAGCCUGAGGAGGCACAAAGUAAAACACGUAAAGAUGCGUCAUUCAUGAAGGAGCUAAAACUUCGUGAUUUUGAGUAUCCCACAUUCCAAAGCUGGUGUUCUUUUCACUCCAUUUUCCUGCUGUUUUUAGUGAAUCAAGCCCCAUAAUGAUAUGCCUUUCAUUUAUUUCAGUUCUUCCAAGGAAAGAAAAUACUUUUUAUUCCCAGGGAAAGGAUUGCAGUCACCACAACAUAAGGUAUCUGUGUGGCUUGGAACGUAGGAUUCUGAAUGCUAGAAGGGAAAAGGAGUGGUCAGGUUUAUCAGACAUUUAAGGAUAAGCACUUAUCUCCGAUUUAACAGAAUAAUUAAUGAUUAUCUGUAACAUUCUCUAGAAAUACUAUAAUUAAUCCAGUGAUUAUAGAUGGACAAUUCUGAGGGGUUUUUUUCUUCCCUCAGAUUAAAAGACAUUUAAUAUAAAUGCUUAAGAUUCCUACAGUAUUUGGGGCAAUAGACUGGUGAGUAAAUACUCUUGCUAGUCUGGGUUCUCUGGUUUAUUUUAACAAAUCCCUGCACUCGAGAGAGUGUUGGCAUCAGACUUAAGGAGGUGGCCAACUGCUGCCUGUGUACGGCUCUAAGCUUUGAUCCUAACGACUGGUUGAUGAGCUUGAUAAUCUUAGGGUCAGUGGAUAUAGCUUAUAGUGAUAAUAAGGAAUCUGGUUCUAGGGUGGGGUUUUCUUGGGUUUUUUUGGUCUUUUUUUUUUUUUUUU